AUGCAAGGUGCAAAAAUCGUUUCUGAUAUGGCACCGGAUAAGACUCGAGAAAUAGCACUUCCACACCACAAAGAAGAGGUUUCCCAUAUUGCAGUAGAUAUCGGCGGAUCACUGGCCAAAGUUGUUUAUAUUACAAAAGAUGCUGAAGGCGGUAGUAGAUUUAACUUUAGACGCUUUGAGACGAAAGAUAUUGAUCAGUGCAUUGCAUUUCUUUCUUUGUUAUGUAAACGGUAUAAUGAAUCUUGUCAGGCAGAAAGGCCGGCAAUGUGUGUAAUGGCAACGGGAGGUGGUGCAUUUAAAUAUUACGACCAGUUUCGAGCAGAAUUAGGUGUAGAAGUUGUUCGAGAAGAUGAGAUGGAGUGCUUGAUUGUUGGCUUGGAUUUUUUUAUUACUGAAAUUCCGGAUGAAGUGUUUACCUAUUCAGAAUGCGAGCCGAUGAAGUUUUGUCGUCCGCAGCCAAAUAUUUAUCCGUAUCUUAAGCUUUGUAAUAUUGGAAGUGGUGUAAGUAUGAUUAAGGUUUCUGGUCCAGAACAGUAUGAACGUAUUGGCGGCUCCUCGCUUGGUGGAGGAACACUAUGGGGUUUAAUGUCAAUUUUAACUGAUGCAAAAACAUUUGAUGUGCCAGAAAUGUUAGAAGUUUCGAGAACUGGUGAUAACAUGGCUGUAGAUAUGUCAGUCGGUGAUAUUUAUGGUACAAAUUAUGAUAAAAUUGGUUUAAAAUCAACUACCAUCGCAAGCACGUUCGGUAAAGUGUUUCAAAAGAAACUGACUCGACAACACGACUCUAUUCAUGAUUUUCAAUCUCGUUUUCGUCCAGAAGAUAUCGGCAAAAGCCUUUUAUAUGCUAUUAGUAACAACAUUGGUCAAAUUGCUUAUUUACAAGCUCGAAUUCAUGAACUUGAAACAAUAUAUUUCGGUGGAACUUAUAUUAGAGGUCAUCCUGCUACUAUGCAUACACUUUCAUACGCAAUACGUUUUUGGUCAGGUGGAACUAAAAAAGCUUAUUUUUUGAGACAUGAAGGUUAUCUUGGAGCAGUUGGUGCUUUUUUGAAACAUCAACCUCGUAAUUGGGGAAGACGAUGCGCAAAUAUGACAAAUGGUUUUACGGGAAAGCCACAGCCUAUAAAAUAG